AUUGUUCUCGCAAGUCACGGCCAAUUCUCAUCUCCCGAAAGAACAAUGGCCACAGAUAACUCACGCUUCCCGCCCGUCACAGGGUCCACCGUACACCCGACUUCAAGCAUGAGAGACCUCCCCAAGGGGGCGACGGGCUCGCCAGAUGCGGAUGGUGACCGUGACCGAGAAACAGCUGAGGCUGUAUCGGUACAUGACCAGCAGCAACUGCCAACGCCUGUGACUGCAAACAGCUCGAGAGGGAAGAGCAGGCGAAGAAAGGAUGUACAAGAAGCGGAUGAUGGAGAACACAAGGAUAAGCGCCGGAGAUUGACGAAGUCCAAACCUUUGCCUCUUGCCGUGCCCCAAACCACUUCUCCAAGCAAGGAGCCCGGUUCUGGCUCCGGUUCGGGACCGAGUACAGGUGAGAGCAGUCAGAGUCAGACGAGUAACAAAAAAGUUGGGCAUCCGGCCUCAUCUGCAAACGCAGCUGCGAAUCCACCAGUGGGCUUUGCGGCGAGUAGAGAGGCAAGAAGGGAAGAGGGGUAUGACAUUUAUGGGGCUGUACCGAGUCCGGUGGUGAUGGGUUUUGAUUUUAAAACGAUCGAUGGCGAACAGCUCAAAACGGUCCGCGAUACAUUAUCUAUCAAGGAGCAGCAGCAAGCCCUUAUUGCAGCUCGACGGCGCGAAGCCGCUGGCAGUUCGGCCGUACCACCCGGUACACCAAAAGAAUCUUCGAGGGAACCCUCGACGUACAAGGCUUGGAAACCGUCUGAAGCCCCGUCUUUGUCGGGCGCUGUCCUCCCUACAAGCGGUGGCGUAGGGAGAAGAAGGGAGAAGAUCAAGGAUAAAGUGGAGAAGAUGAGUAUUAUGACAGGGGUUAGCGAUAAAGAUGUCGUUCCUGCUUCCAAGAGCGCACCCCUAGACCAACGAUUGAUUACACAACAAGCAAACUUUGAACCACCUUCUGGCUCACAGACUGCUCUUCCGCCGAAGGUUCUUCCUUCAUUCUCUUCCUCGUUCCACUACCUCUCCGAUCCCAGGACGGCACCGAUAUCGCACUCACGGACUGGUGCUGAUGCUGGUGCGCCAGGGGGAGGGGAGAGGGAGCGAAGUGAUGGGCACGAGUUUGCGCGACAGCAGCAGCAAGGGUAUUACUGGCGGACUGAAAGUCGAGGUGGUCCCCCGAUGGGCAGUGGGAGAAAUUUUACUGUGCCGGGAGCUUUCCCGCCCCGUUUCGAUGGACCACUUUCCCCACCACCACCACCUCCUCUGACUAGACCAAGCACCCAACCUCAUUCCCAUACCCACACCCACACCCAUACCCAUUCCCAUACCGGCAGCCCACCUUCCUCCCCACUCCAACCUCUAUCAAUUCCCUCACGCGAAGCCUUCCUCCACCCGUUCAACGCGCUUUACGACUCCCUCUCGUCCUCUACGACUCUCCAGCAUCACUUGUCAGACCUUGUCUCGCGUGUGUCGAACCUGCAUGCGGAGCAAGGUGUGGCGGUCCAAGAGUUUAGAAAUACGGCCGGCGCGGCAGAGAGGUUAUUAACGAGUUUGCAGCAGAGUGCAGACAGUUUGAGGGAGAUGGUACGAUAUGAAAUAGAGAGGAAAGCGAGGGAGGAUAGAAGGGAGAUGGAAGAGUUGAAAGAGAGGUUGAGAAGGCUGGAGGAAAGGGAAAAGUAAAGGAUAGAAAUGGGCUAUUUACAAUUUUUUUUGCGCCUUUUGGGUUACUACUGCAUUGUGAAUAAUAUAGAU